AAUUUUGUUUAAUGUUUCCAAAAUAGUCAUAACCAAUACAAUAUUUCUAAAGGCUCAAAAAGAAAAUUGUCAUUUGAAUUUGACACAUUUUAGAAUGUAAUUACACAAACUUUAAGUCUAUUUGUGCGGUAGACAUUAUAUUUUCAUUGCCAUCAGGAACUACAGAACAGAGUUCAUUUGUUAUGAUUCAGAAGAACCCGCAUAACAAAACCGAUUGGAAACUGUAUUCUUUCUUUUUUUCAUAUUGCAUGUGACCACAACUGACGUAUCGCUGGUGGCCUCAACCCAGGGAUUAUGGAAAUUAGUUUUGGGCUAUAUCUGGUAUGAUGAAUGUUUUCGUGCAUCACCCCUGUUAAAUAACUAUAAAAAAACAAAUAUAAUUACUUCCUAACAUUUAACUGUUGUUGCGGCAUGAUCUGUUAGUGUGUAUAACUAUUGUUGGCUGUCCUGCAGAUUUCCAAACACUUUUGAAUUACUGAAAUCCACACAACAUACAAAACAGGAGUUUAGGUUUCUAACCUUGACUACUACACAGGAACCUACUUUGUGCAUGUGGCCGAUUCAGGACUGCUUCCUGUCCUACUGUUCUGGCAGUAAGGAGUCAAAAGUUAUGUGUGCACACACCCUGACAUGAACUUAGAUGAGAACCUUUGUUGAGACUUGGAGAAAGAAGCACAGGUCCUGCUCUCCUCUGAAAAGAUGCAGCAUGAAAAUUAGACAUUGUUAAGGUUGAUGAGACCUGUCGUUUUUUCUUUCAAUGACCUUGAGGGCGGCAACAGACCAACGUGUCUGACAAUCAUCGCUGUAGUUUAAACCCAGUAACUUGUCUUGUGAUGUUGUACUGGACUGCGUGUCUGGUUCCAUGUGAACAUGUGUCUGUGAUGCUGUAAAAGUGGCGCUGCUGCCUUUUAGCAGCGACCUGAGAAGAAGUGAAACAAGUAUAGGAGGUGGGUGUUGUGACCACAACCUCCUCCCCUGCUCGAUAUGCUCUGUACUUUGUGCUCAAGCGACUGACAUGAAGAGCGGGAGCGUCAUCACAGAUGCACUCAAGGGACGGUCCUGUUUUUACUCAGUUGUAACAACAUUUUGUCAGAUUGUACAUUUAGAUUUGGGGACACAAAAAUCAAUCAAAAGCUGUCGCUAUCAUUAGUGCCUCUCUAAUGAAUUAUGAUUGAUCUUAAUGAAAGACUUGUGCAACACAUGACACAGUCAAGUUACAAGCAAUGACACAUGACAGUGACACGUGAUGACAUCACAGGCUAACAAGUUGAUAUGAAGUAAUAGUUUACCUGCAAAUGCGUCCGUCCAAAACUGGACACGCUACGACAAGUUUAGCCAAUAACCUAAAAAAGUAACAGUUGUGCCGUCUUGCAUCUGCUAAAUGUUCUAUCAUGACUGAUGUCAGUGUGACCACGUGGUUGUUUAGUUGGGUUCAUCCAGAUGAAGAUGAUUUCUAAAAUUAAGUCAUAUUUAUCGUUCUCUGACCCAAAAGAAAGUUGUUCAUGCUUUUAUCUAUGCUCGUCUUUAUUACUACAAUGCACUUUACUUGGGUGUCGGUCAGGGCUCCCUCCACCAUCUCCCUGGUAGUUUUCUAAUGGAUUUUAAAUUUCUAACACUCACUUUUAAAGGCCUCUAACGGCUCAGACCUGAAAUUCAUUUCAGAUUAUUGAGCUGUUAUGUGCCCUCUCGACCGAUGAGGUCUGUAGAUGGAGCCCUGCAGGUGACUCCCAGGUCGCAGGUUGUGACAAAGGGAGAUCGCGCCUUUGACAGAAGAGCCCCCACACUUUGAAGCUGUCUGUCUACUGAACUCAGACACACCACGUUACUACCUUCUUUUGAAUCUCUUCACAAAACCUUUCUCUUUGUGAAAGGUUUUCUCCUUUUAGUCAACUAACUUGUGUGUUUUCUUUUUACUUUUUUGCUUUUAUUUCGUCUUGCUAAGCACUUUGUAACAUUGUUAAGAAAUGUGCUAAAUUCUUUUUUAUAUUAUUAUUAUUAUUAUUAUUAUUAUUAUGAAUCAUGUUGACAUGUGACAGGGACAAUACCCAUGAAUCACUAAAACAAAUUAGUACCUGUCUUCUAUUUUAGUGGAAACCAGGCUACAACUGCUAUAAAUAUAGUGGUUCAAUCCAUAGUGGUGUAUCCUCAUCAAUGAGUGGCGGCUUUAAAGUCUUUAUAUUUUUAUAUUGUUUGAAAUAAAAAGAAAAUGUUGUGAAGACGACGGCUUUGUGUUACUGCAGUUUACAUUGAAUCUUUUUUUAGUUUACUCUAAGUGCCACUAAGAAACCCACCAUGAAACAUAAAACAUAAGCUGCUGUUGGUGUUGUUGUUUCAUGUGUUAUGGAUGGAAGGGCGGUCGAUGUUAUUUCCACUGGUAAUUAGAGGCCAAUCAGAUUGCUCUCACAUUGUUCCCACCCACUUCAUAUGAUUACAUUAGAGCAACACAUUUUAUUAUAGGGUCUAAAUUAACUUCUGUCUUCAACGGGAAAAUGCUGAUUAUAUUCCACUUACUGCUGCUGCUCCGAGUGAAGCGAUGCACAUUUGAUCAGAUCUUUGAGACACGAACCGCUGGUGUUGGACAUGAUGUGGAUUUGACAUGUAGCCGCCAUGAGUCGGUUUACAGUUUCAACUUAUUUUGGAUUAGGCUCGUUUCUGGAAACUUUCCUGAAGUUUUAGGAGGAACUCAUUCAUUUGACAAUGCAGAUGUUAAUGAGACCUCUCACUUUACAGUCAAGCAAGAGCCUGGGAUCUUUCUUCUACGGAUUAAAAAAACUGAGCGAAGCGAUACUGGAGUUUACUAUUGCAUAAGAGUAGAUCAGCUUGUCAUGAUAUUUUUGAAAGGAACAUUUCUUAGGAUUAAAGGACCAGAACCUGAUGUAUCUACAGUCAUUCAAGUCCCUCCGUCUGAUCCAGUCGGUCCAGGAGACCCAGUGACGCUGCAGUGUUCAGUCCUGUCUGACUCUGAGAACAACACGUGUCCAGGAUAUCACCGUGUGUUCUGGUUCAGAUCUGGUUCAGAUGAAUCUCAUCCCAGUUUGAUUCAUGCUCAUGGAAACAGUCGUGAUGAAUGUGAAAAGAACCCUGAAGAUCACUGGCCCCAGAAAUGUGUCUACAACUUCUGUAAGAACGUUAGCUCGUCUGAUGCUGGGACUCACUACUGUGCUGUGGCCACAUGUGGAGAGAUUUUAUUUGGACGUGGAACAAAAGUGGACAAUAAAGCACCCAACGUGUGGGAUGUACAGAAGACCAAUACAGUUCUGUCAUGUGCUACAUUCACUAUAAGUCUGAUUGUUAUCGGCUUCCUGAUUCAUAUCAUCAAGGAGAAAAUGUGUGAUUGUUGCAAAGAGGCUGUGACUGUCCGUGGUAGUCAGCCAAAUCAGCAGAGAGAUGAGGACUCGUUGGUUUAUUCUGCAUCAACCAUCACUAGGAGGAAAGCUGCUAACGCAGGGAGAGGAAAAUCAAGUACUGCAGAGGGAGAAACGGUUUACUCUGAAGUCUGGUUUUAUGCGAUAAACUAACAGUGCAAACAUUUGACUUGAUAAAUAAAGAUGAUAUCAUUUGUGAUUUGCACACUGCUGGGAAGAGUCGGUCCUCCACCUCCCACGACUCACUAUGUCACCUUUGAAACGGCGUAUUACGAGGUUUGUGGUCCUUUUAAAGACCACAGACACGCCUGUUAGAGCUCAGCAGUGGACCUGUUCAGUCUGUCAAGUGUCUGUUUUUAUGGAUGGAUUUCCUUAUUGUCUGUAAAGUAAUCGUGCUGAUUCUCUGCCAUGUCACCCUUACCUUUACAAGCUCAUUAACCAGGCAUUGGAAAAGCCCACUAUGCUCUGAGGUGAAACAAAGUAUUUGUGACGUAUCUCCUGUCACUGGUAGAGGAGCUAUUUUGGGAAACGGUCGAUCUGGUCUAUUUUACCACAUACGACAUAGUUCGUCGUAGGAAUUGGAGGACUGUUUUUUUGGGAAUAUACUUACAAUCAGAUAUUUGACAUCUGAUGGAGAUGUCAAGAAUGUUUUAUUUGGAUAACUU